AUGAGGCCCAAGCAAGUCAACUUGCUGCUUGCGCUGGUUGCCUUCGUGCUCUUCGGCUUCUCCUGCUUCUGCAUCUCCAGGAUGACCCAAAUCAGUAAUCAAUUAUUUAAUUGUAGAAACCAUAUUUUGGAGUUUAAGGAAAAUAUACUACAUUUGAAAAACAGAACUGAUGAAAAUCGGCAAGAGUUAAUGAAAGCCUUGGAAAAAAUGAAGCAUGAAAUUACAGAGAGAGAAAAUCAGUCAAGCUUAGUUGAGGAGAAAAUGGAUACAUUGGGUAAGGAUGAAACAGUAUCUAAUACAUUUGAAGCAUUUAAAGUUUUUUUCCCUCAUCUAAGGAAAGCAGGCAGAAUUUAUCCUGAUGUAAUCAUUGGCAAAGGGAAAACAGGAGUUUCUUUUGCACUGGGUAUUCCCACUGUUAACAGAGGAAAUUACAGUUACCUGAAGCAAACCCUGACCUCUGUUGUCUCCAGGAUGACUCUUUCAGAAGAGAAGGAUUCUGUGGUGAUUGUUGCUAUUGCAGAUAGUAAUGAAGAUUAUUUUAAUAAUGUUGUUAACAUGAUUAAAAAAAAAUUCAAAAGGCAAGUGAGUUCUGGAUCCUUAGAGGUCAUUUCAAUACCAGCCAUUUUUUAUCCAAACAUGUUAAAUGCCAAGCGGUCAAGUGAGGACUCACAAAAACAACAGAGUUGGCAAGUCAAACAACUGUUGGAUUUUUGUUUUUUGAUGCUCUAUGCCCAACCUAAGGCCAUGUAUUAUUUACAGUUAGAAGAUGAUAUUGUGGCUAAAAAGAUGUACUUUACAAAAAUAACAGAUUUUGUACAUAAUAUCGCUACAGAUAAUUGGUUUUUUAUUGAGUUUUCAGUUCUUGGAUUCAUAGGAAAGCUGUUUAGAUCUGAGGAUUUAACUGACAUUGUACAUUUUUUCUUAAUGUUCUACAAAGAAAGACCCAUAGACAUGCUCUUGGAUUCCAUUCUUUAUGUGAAAAGAUGUAGCCUAGGUGACACGCUUAGAAACUGUACACAAAAAAAGCAGCAAGCUCGUAUUCAGUAUAAACCUUCUCUUUUUCAGCAUGUGGGUAUACAUUCAUCGUUCCUUGGAAAAGAACAAUAUUUCAAAGUUCUGGCCCUCAAAGAAAUCUCUGUGUUGUCACUGGUUCAGUACAAACUCAAGGAACAGAAAGCUCAGGAACUAAACCCCAGAGUUAACACUUAA